AAACUCCAAAAGAGACUCUGCAAAAUGUCUUUCUAAAACUAUUAGCGGGGGCCAUGCCAGGGCAACUCUCAAAAACAAAGAAGAAGACCUCGACUAGCCACAAUGAGAAAAGUGCAGAAAGGAAGCAGGUAAGUGUGAAGCCAGCCUCCAAACUCCCAGGGAAAAAAUGCAUACAGGGCAAAGAGGCUGGUGUGAAGAUAAAUUUACCAAGCUCGAUGAGGAUCUCUGCAAUGAAGGAGGAAAGGAAGAAGACAACACAGUAUGGGCAAGAAAAGAAGCCUACAGAAAGGAAGGAGACGACCUCAAAUAGGCUUAAUAUGAAAAAAGCAGAAACAAAGCAGGUCAGUGUGAGGCCGACCUCAAAACUCCCAGGGACGAAACGCUUAGAGGUCAAAGAGGCCCAUGUGAGGACCACUGCGAUGAGGAAAGAAAAGGAGGAAAAGAUGACGACAACCCUGCAUGGCCAAGAAAAGAAGACUGCACAAAGGAAGGAGACGACCUCAAAUAGGCCUAAUAUGAAAACAUCCGAAACAAAGCCGGUCAUUGUGAGUCCUAUCUCAAAACACCCAUGGACGAAACGCAUAGAGGUCAAAGAGGCCCAUGUGAGGACAAAUUUACAAAGCUCAGCAGGGACCACUGCAAUGAGGAAAGAAAAGGAGGAAAGGAAGGAGAUGACCCUGCAUGGCCAAGACAGGAAGGAGCAAAAGAAAGAAAUGAUCCAAUUCAAGUCGGAGGAUGAAAUGGCAAAGUUGAUGGAGGUACUGAUGGAGUUGGCCUUUUCUUCUUACAUGGAAUACAAGAAAAGGGUGAGAGAUCCACAUGCAUUCAGUUCCAAAAAGAUGAUCCCUGAGGGAAACAUAAACGGCACGACUCUGACUCUGUGUAAGGGAAACGUAAAGAGCACGACUCUGACUCCGUCUGAGGGAAACAUUAAGAGCCCGAUUCCAACUCCGUCUGAGGGAAACAUUAAGAGCCCGAUUCCAACUCCGUCUGAGGGAAACAUGAAGAGCCCGAUUCCGACUCCGUCUGAGGGAAACGUAAAGAGCCCGAUUCCGACUCCGUCUGAGGGAAACAUAAACAGCACGACUCUGACUCUGACUCUGCCCCCCAUCACAGACAAGCAAGAGCUCACUGGCGGGUUGCCUAAUUUUGGAAACAACUGCUACGUUAACGCAAGUCUGCAGUGUCUGUUCACAGCUGAGUCUUUUUGCGGAGAGCUCUCCUACCUGCUGGACAAUUCUGUCCACAAACUAGAGGACACAUUCCUCAGAUGUUUUGUGGAGUUGUCGAGGUUGAGAAAGAGCUCUGAAGUUCAAGGUGGCAUCAGCAAGGAUUCUCUCCUCCUGGCCCUGAUUGAAUCAGCUACAGACAUCAAUCCAGAAUUCACCAUCAGUCAACAGAACGACGCCCAUGAAUUCCUCUGCCACUGUCUGACCCAAAUGGAGGAGUCUGGGCGAUGGCUGGGUUGGCAAGAGGAUGUGGACCCUAGAUGCCCAGUCAGGGCCAAUUUCAAGUUCAAGAUGAGGAACAUUAUAACAUGCUCCAGCUGUGGAUCCAGGCAGAACAAAGUGGAAGUGUUUAAUCACAUCUCUCUGCCCCUGGUGCACAACUCAGUGGACCAGUGCCUCUAUGACAUAGUUAAUAACCCCACAGUGUUAGAGAGCAAAUGCAAGAUGUGUGGAGGAGAAUGUGCCAACUCCAGGUGGACGUUCCACACUCUGCCCAGGUUUCUGAUUCUGCAGCUGAACAGGUUCAAAGUGACUGAAUAUUACACAGUCGUCAAGCUGCAUAUGCCAGUGGAGAUCAAACCUGAGCUGCAGAUAAACUGCCAUCCUGAAUCAGAUUCGCCCGAAAUAGGUACAUCGCAAGCAAAUAACUAGUGCAAGCCUCAAAUCCAAGAGAGUCCAAGAGAGUCAGCUAAUGUUUACAGCCAGUAUAAAUCACAUCCAUAUUAGUUAAAGAAGAGCUAAUCUUUCCUUUGUGCCUUCCUUCUUCAUGU